AUGACAGAGCGUUUAGUUCUUAUUCAUAAUGCCCGGCGAUUAGAUAUCGCAACUGUUCAUGAUGCCUUCCGUGACCACAACAACAUGAUGAACAACUUGCCUGGAUCAUUCGGAAGUGAAAUGACAUACCAUAGUUUGUAUCCGUCUGUCCUCAGAGCUCGUGAAAAUUCCUGGCCUCAACUAGGAAACAUAUCUGAGCUGUGUGAUGUGCUCGAAAAUCCAUUAUACACUUGUAUUACUGCCGACAAUCAGUUUGCUGAUAAUAGCUUUGGAGGGGCUGUCCGGGUUGGUCCCUCUCGAUCAGCUAUUCUUUUCAUGAGCGAAAAGUGCAAGCAAUUUCUCAAAAUUGUUAGUGACAUAUUCAUUCUCUGCACAUGUACUUCUCUGUACACCAUUGGAACCCAUUGGGAAGGAAAUGUCAUACAAAUUGCCUCAAUUUUGAUGGAGACAGAUGUUCAUGGAGAAGAUUAUGAAACACUAGUAUCUGCAUUUUCAAUGCUGAGAACAUCUGUGGGGGUUUGGCACUACUCAAAAGCUUUUUGUGGCAACCCUGUUGUUGCUCGUGCCUUUCAUGACGUCUUUGGAGUAGAAGUUAAACCUGCUCUGAAAGACUAUAUCAAUGACAUUCAAUCCUUCGUCAAUCAAGCUAUUCCUUUUCAAAGUCCAUCACUACUAAAUGUUAUGCAACUGUGCUGUGCUCUUGCAAUUGUACCCAAGGAUAUGCUUCAAAUGGGCAUUAAUCUUAUUGUAAAUGAGGCAGAAAGAAGUGAUGCUUACAAUGAUUCAUUGACCCUUUUCAACUAUUUGGAGAGGGUUUGGAUAAGACAUCCCCACUUCACUAUGUGCGAUGUUGAAAGGACAACUUUUGGAAGUGUUGAGUUGGAAAGGAAGCUUUUCAAGAAAACCUUUGAAGACUUCUAUUCACUGAUCAGAUUUAUCAACCAGAGCCUAUUUAAGUUGUCUCACAAGAAAAUUGAUCAAGUUAUGAGGGGACAAAGAUUGCCUUCUCAACCCAGUGCCUUAGUGAAUGACACCCAAAUUUCAUUUCUACUUCGAUCCCCAGUAUCCAUCACCACUGCAUGGAAUCUACUGAAGACGGUGCAGCAAAAAAUUAGUCACAUAGUGUAAGAUUUGAUUUAUUGUAUUGCAUUGAUUUAAUAAAAUUUGCUCAUUCAUACAUGUCAGCACACAUGAAAAUUAUUGUUAUUUACCGGAACAUGCACUUACACCAACUUCAUUGGUUCUCCAGAUCCUUUUAGGAAAGGGAAAGACAUUGAAGGCAUUCGUUCAGGAAAUAGAAAUUUCUUUCAAAGCCACUUCUUCGGUUCGAGUUUAAAUCUUAAAACAGCCAUUUUGCAUGUAGUGUGGCAAUUGAUCAAGAAGUGCUAUUACACAGUGUGUUUACAGUGAUCUUGCUUCUUCUCAUGCAGACAAGAAUAUGGUUAUUUUUGCUGUAGAUGUUAUGACUGGUCUGUUUUUCUUGCUUUAGAAUUUUCUGACACAAGAUAAGUUUUGAUAGCAAUAGUGAGGAGUUUGAGUCAUAAUUUCUAGUUCCUUGCCCGCUGAUAGUCCUAAAUUAUAUUUCAUAUUUCAGC